AAACCAUCACACAACCACCACCAUAAAUAUGGUAUAGGAAUUAAGAUCCGACUUCAAAGUUGGUUGGUGAUAUACAGAUUCACUUCUUGAUCUUUUUUACUUCAGAACUGAAUUUUAGUUCAUUCACUCAUGAGAUUGACUCUCCUCCAAUGACCCCUCUUUCUCGUGAUUUUUAACUUCUCAACUUCUCAACUUCUCAACCUCUUCUCAAGGCUUUCUCUUCGACUCAAUUCAACCCCAUUCAAUCAAAGUCAAUUUGAACUGUUUGUAAAGACUUUCAACUCAAAAAUAUACUUCAGCAUAAUAUCACCAUGUUUCGUCGACUUCCAUUAGGUCUUCCAAAAGAUCCUAAAUUCGAACCUACUUUGGAAGGACUUGGGUGUGUAUUUCAUUCAUCAUUUCUAAAUCCAUGUAUUCAAGCUUGCUGAGAUUUCUAACUUAUACUCCCUCAGAUACUUCAUCAAUGAAAAAGAUGAAAUUCGUUCAAUCGAAAAUCCAAAGGCUUACUUUAAGUUCUUCCUUACCAAAAAUGAUCGUUACAAUCAACUACAACGCGAAGCUAUGAAUCGUUUGUUUCCACCUCUUACCUACAGUAUAUCAAUGAAACUAACAUAAAACUUAGAUGCAAUCCGUGAUAUAGUACUAGAACGCCUUCUCAACCUUGGCCUCCAAAAAGUUCUCCUUCCUCUCAAUGUUACUGAAACUUCCCCUCACAUCCACAUCCUAACUUCAUCCAACCUUUCCACCGCUUCUCGAGUCAUCAUCCUGUUCUAUGAACCUAAGGAUGAUAUCGGAGUUUUUGCUCAUCGUAUCUUAGGUGGUGCAGGUGGGAUCAAUACUGGUUCUGCUGUCAAUAUGGUCAAAUAUAUCCAAGAGAAGGGUGCAUGUCCUGGAGAAUCGGAGCCGCCAGCCAUUAUCCUCGCCAACAUGGGUCAAAUUUAUUGGUACCGUCGAGGUCAAAAACCCGUGACUUUGAUGACCUGGUCCGCUUUACCUCAAUCUAGUUGCGUCGAAAAGCCCAUUCGCCUUGAUGCUAUCAAGAACACAGUACCUGGAAACCGUACAACGGAUGAACAUAUUGAUUAUAUAUUCAACCAUGUCAUUGAAGAACUUAUGCCAAAGGUUGCCAAAAUUGAUGUCAUUGGGGUUUCUGAAGGUGCCAUGGGCGUCUCUCGUUUCUUGGACGACUUGGAAAAUUGGAAUAAAUGGGGAUCUCGUAUGCAGGCCUUUGCAGCGUUAGCCACAUGGUCGCAUUCCAUUGAUUAUAAAAAUCCUCUUUUCCUCGAAUGGUUAGAAGCCCGUGGUCGUGUCUACUUGAACUCCCCCGAGCCCGAAGGCACCUACCUCUCAGGUCCUCAUGGUACUCGACAUGUCACGGCAUUUGGAAGUCCAGUCUUCAGUUUGGGUGAAUCUUAUUAUGCAGAAUGCCUCUUGCCGAAAGGUUACCGCACUGUGAUUGACUUCUUUCACGAGGUUGCGGAUUGGGAUAGUCAAGGUGGAGAGUACGUAAAUCCAACCUUUGUGAGGAUAGAUGAUGGUGAAGAAGACUACGAAGAUAUGGGAUUUGGGGAUGAGGGAUUUGGUGAUGAAGAGAGACAGGAUGGAGUUGAGCUGAAAAUCGAGAAAGGGGAAGAUAGUGAUAGGAAGGAAGUUGAGGAGUAGUGAUACCCAGAGGUGCAGCUUGAGAAAGAAAAUUCCAUUGAUCCUUUCCCGACUAGACUUUUAAAGGAAAUGGCAUGCCGUUGGAAAUCUCGUCCUCCAUGACCAACUACAUGAUAUCUUCGCCAGCCUCUGAGCAGCUGCGUGAUUUUUCUUUGGCAUAAAGAAAUAUUCUCUCGUCUACUCUUCCACGUUUGAGACAGCUAUAGAAUUCAAUGUGUUGGUUCAGAUGCGAUGAACCAUUGAUACAUUCGGUUAUGAGUAUGAGUAGAAAAUGAUUGAUAAAUCAGUAGUACUUAAGAAGUAGUAACAACUUCAGUAUCUAGCUAGAAAUUAAUUACGAGGUUCCAUUUGUU